GUCACUCCAGAUGUCCUUUGAAGCUCAUUGAUGUAACUCAUUCUUAAAGCAUAUUAUUAUCGAAGUUUUGGCAAUUACACAUGUCUUGUUUACAUUUUACUCUUCUACGUAAGGAGAGAGUCAAGUGCCAAGUUGUAUGUUCAAGAUGGGAUAGCUAAUGAGCAAACAAGUACCAUUGUGCAAUGAUAGUAAUGUUCAACUGAGAUUCUUAUGCCCAGAUGAUGUGCCAGAAGUAAAGAAACUAUGCACAGAAUGGUUCCCUAUCGAAUAUCCUGACAGUUGGUAUAAAGACAUAACAUCCAGCAACAAGUUUUUUUCCUUAGCUGCUGUCUACAGGGUACAAAUUAUUGGACUAGUUGUUGCAGAAAUAAAGGCUCAAUCAAAAUGCAAUAAAGAGGACCAAGGAUUACUUUCGUCACACUUUGCUAAAAACACAAAAGUAGCUUACAUUCUCACUUUGGGAGUUGUUGAAGAGUUUAGGCGAAAUGGCAUUGCCACUUUGUUACUAAACAGCUUAGUCGACCACCUGACCAAAAACCCAGAAGGUAAUAGCUGUAAAGCAAUCUACUUACAUGUUCUGACUUCAAAUACGACUGCUAUCCAAUUUUAUGAACGAAGAAGUUUUUCUCUUCAUUCCUAUUUGCCUUUAUAUUACUCAGUACAUGGAGUUGCUAAAGAUGGCUAUUCGUAUGUUUUAUAUGUGAAUGGAGGCCACCCACCCUGGACAGUUCUAGAUUAUUUAAAACAUUGUGGGACAGUUUUUUCUUUCAUUUUCAAGUUUGUAUGUUGCCAAAGAAAAUGUAUCGUUUAGUACAAAGAUUUAUGAUGAAGCUAUGGCCAGAAAGUUGGAGAUUCCAUUGAACAAUUAGAAAUUUUUACGUAAUCUCUUACAUAUCUUCACCUUUAAGAGUUUUCAUAAUGAGAUGAUCAAGUAUUAAAUUAUGUAUUAUAUAUAUAUAUAUAUCCUACUAUUUAUAACAUUUAAGUCAUCCUUCAUAAGUUUAUUAAUUAUUCAUACAUGUUUAUAUAUGUUUAUUAUGCAUUGAACAAAUUUUAUACAGAACGUAUCCUUAAAGUAUUAAAUUUCUUUAUAUCAUUGUAAUUUUGUAGCUUUGUAGUAAAUAUUUCUACUAAUAUGUAACAUAUAUAACACAAGCAAU